UCAUUCUCUCAUUUUUCAUUUCCUCUCAUCAAGAUCCAUCCAUCUUCAGCAUUGCAGAAUGAAGAUCGUCGCCGCCUGUUUGCUCGCCGUCUUAGGAGGAAAAACUAGUCCAACCGCAGACGAUAUCAAGGAAAUACUCGCUUCAGUUGGAGCAAAUGCUGAUGAAAACAUGAUUGAGUUGCUGAUAUCUCAAAUCAAAGGGAAAGAUAUCACUGAACUAGUUGCAGUUGGUAGGGAGAAGUUAGCGUGUGCUGGAGUUGGUAUGGGACUUGUUUCAAGCCCUCCUUCUAUCUACUAUCCGCCUGAGUUUACAGCUGAUGAUAAGAAAGAGCCGGCGGUUGUGGAGGAGAAAGAAGAGUCGGAUGAUGAUUUCAUGAUCAGUCUCUUUGAUUAGAUCGUUUGCAGGGAAGAUUGUUGGAUCUAUCAGCUUUUGAUUAAACCCUAGCUUAUCAUUAUCAUCAUCAUCGUAAUCGUAAGUUUAAUUAGUAUGUAAUGAACAUGUUUAUGUUGAUUCUUGGAUGCGUUUAAUGACUUUGGAUCUUGAAAUUACCUUUUUAAGUAAUGAUGAAUGAUGAUGAACUUUAUUAUUAUCA